CGGCAAGAACCAAGUAGCACUUCCGGUUUGUGUGUGGAGGCGGAACAAGCAAGCCAACGGAGGGAACAAAGAAGAAUUGAGUUAACCAAUAUGGAAAUAGCCUCCUCUACUUAGCCCAGUCUGCAGCCACGAUGUCAAAGCGACCAUCCUACGCCCCUCCCCCUCCCCCUGCCCCCACCACACAAUUGCCUUCCACCCCAGGGUUUGUGGGAUACAACCCUUACAGCCAUCUGGCCUACAACAACCUCCGGCUGGGAGGGAGCUCCGGAGGCUCCAGCAGGAACUCCUCCGGGAUCACCGUCCCAAAGCCCCCAAAGCCUCCAGACAAGCCCCUGAUGCCUUACAUGCGGUACAGCCGGAAGGUAAGCAGGAAGGUAUGGGACCAAGUGAAGGCCUCCAACCCAGACCUGAAGCUGUGGGAGAUUGGAAAGAUUAUUGGAGGCAUGUGGAGAGACCUGACGGAUGAGGAGAAGCAGGACUACCUGAACGAGUACGAGGCUGAGAAGAUUGAGUAUAACGACUCUUUGAAGGCCUACCACAACUCGCCGGCGUACCUGGCCUACGUCAACGCUAAGAACCGGGCCGAGGCCGCGAUGGAGGAGGAGAGCCGGCAGAGGCAAAGCCGCAUGGAUAAAGGAGAGCCGUACAUGAGCAUCCAGCCCGCCGAAGACCCUGAUGACUAUGAUGAUGGUUUUUCGGUGAAGCACACAGCAGCUGCCCGCUUCCAGAGGAACCACCGACUCAUCAGCGACAUCCUCAGUGAGAUCGUUGUCCCCGACGUCCGCUCCGUGGUCACCACCGCCCGAAUGCAGGUCCUGAAGAGGCAGGUCCAGUCUCUGAUGGUGCACCAGAGGAAGCUGGAGGCAGAACUUCUGCAGAUCGAGGAUCGCCACCAAGACAAGAAGAGACGCUUCCUGGAGACUACGGACUCAUUCAACACUGAACUCAAGAGGCUGUGCAGUCAGAAGGUGGAGGUGGAUAUGGAGAAGCUGGCAGCAGAGAUGGCGGCUGCUGAGGAGGCGGCCAGGCGCCGGGCGGAGGAGAGGGAGAGGGAGGCGGCGGAGCAGGCGGAGAAAGCUGCUCAGCAGCAGCAGGCACAGCAGCAGCAACAACAGCAGGAGGAGGCGGCCGGGAACAAAGCAGCUGAGCCGAGCAGCGCUAACGCUAGCAGCACAGCUAACACCACCUCAGGGACAAAGGAGGAGGAGAAGCCCACACCCAUGGAGACAGAUGAAGCAGCGUCCGCAGAGCCCUCAUCCGAGCCCCAGCCUGCUCAACCUCCCCCGUCUGACCCCCCCUCUGAUAAAGCCUCGCCUCCCCCUGAGCCCCCCAGGGAGAGCAGCACUCCUGUGAGCAGCGACGACAGCAACAGCAGCAGCAUGCCCCCCCCUCCCUCAGACAGCACCCCUGGAGCAGCAGCCCCUGACCCCCCCGCAGCCCCAGAAACAGCUAACACCAACGCGGCGGCACCACCUCCUCCCCCCGCCUCAGAGGAAGCAACUCCUCCGCCACCAACACCUGUGCUGCCCCCAAGCCAGGGCAGCCAGCAGUAUGACGCGUAGCAGUCUGAGAGACAUACAGUGGGAACUAUAGGAGCCCCCCCCUUCUUUACACAUCCUUUGAAUGAGGGUCUGAUGGUGUGGUUAAUAAACAGUUAGCAUGUCUUUCAUCCUCCAGCCUCAUGAAGGGGGUGGGGGGGGGCAAGGAACACCUGUGAAUCAGUGUUUCCUUUUUAAAUUUACCCAGCAUGCCUGGUUUUAUUAAUGUGACAAUUGAAACGUCACCAAAGAGUCCACCAUUUAGCCCGAUCCGUUCUGUGUGGCAGGCGUUACAAACCAUCUGUCUUUCUAACAAAUCAUGUGAUCUGAUGGAUCUUUUUUAAAUUGUUAGAUCACAUGGGGGUGGGGGGGGCACUCGUCACUGUGUAGACGGUGUGCUGCUGGCUGUGGCUGGAACACUUCUCUCUAUAAUCUGCUUGACAGCUCUCUAUUGAGGACCUGUUGAGUCCCCCAAAGUUUGAUGAUGGACAGUACGGUCCCCAGCACAUAGAAACUGCCGGAUGCUAGAUACCAUAUGAUGGGCAUGAUUAGCACCAUUAUCUUAAGCUGCAUUAAUGAGCAUUAUUUAGCAUGCAGACAAUAGGUCAACAACGGCUCGUCCAUUCCUGACAUGUUCAUGAUCAACAAUGGCAGUUUUAACCAGGAAAUGGCUAUGUACUCUCGGGGGGCUGAUUUUGAUUCAUUUUGGGUUGAUUUGGAGGAUUUAGAGGACUCAUUGGAUUUGGACAGAUUGCUUAUUUAUUUGUAAAUGAAUUGUCCACAGUAGAGGUUAUCCUUCUCCUCCUGUGCUCUUGAUAUCCAGUGGUCCCAUCACAGCUCAUGGUAGUUAAAAUCAGCCCAUAGAGAGCACACGUGGCCACUUUCUGGUUACAGCUAUCAUAUUUAAUCCUAAAUAUAUCAGAAACAUGGUCAAUAUAAUGUCAGAAAUGGACUCUGCAUCCUACAAUAACCCCUAAAACCAUUUCAGGAAUGUCCAAAUUGACCAAGCCAUUGUUGAACUAUUCCCCACAUCAGCUACAAUGCUAUUUAAUGCAACUUAUGCUAAUUGUGCAAAUUUCCCGACAUAUGAGAGUUAGCAUCCGGCGGUUUCUAUGUGCUGGGGCCGGUACUAUACAUUUCUAGAACAUUGGGGAACUCAACAGUUCCGGGUCCACUAAGCUGUCAGCCAGACUGACGUGACGGUGAGUGUUGAUGUGUAAACCUUUAGAUCAGCCCUUGUAGUUCACUUCAAUCUGCUGCAGCGGGAGAGGCACUCAUCACUCAGAGUCUAAAUCUCAGCGUAUGAUAAAGGGCACCGUCGCAUGAAAGGACUUCACCACACCCCCCCCCCCCCCCAAAAACCUCAGAGUUUUCUAGUUCCUCAGUCCGUGUGAUUUCUACUCUGUUACCUCUUUUAGUCUUUAGAGAUCUAGCGGAUCGUUUUAGAGUGUUAUGCUCACUAAGCCUUCGUGAUGAAUCCAACUCCAUCUGUAACAUGCUAUAGUUUAACAGGGAUGGAAUUCAGUUGUUGCGCUUCACUCUUUCUGCAUGAUUUACUCAAUCCUGCAAAGAAACCAUUCAGGCAGAGGAAAGCAGUUUUUAAAAUGUGGGACAGAGCUCAUGAUGCGCUCAAACAUAAAAUGAGGGGCACGUCUCCGAGGUGCUUUUUAACACCUGGGGGAGAGAGUGGCACUGAGGAUAAACAGCUGACAUGCUACUUCCACUGUGUUCCUCCCAUUUGUCUUAGAGAGUCCUGUCGCAUCACAUGGACUCUGUAGGAUGUGCUUUACCUGGAGAGGCGGUGGUCAGACUGUUCCUGCUGUAGAUGCAUUUUCCUGUUAACACCACAGAGAUGCACACGCUGCCCCCCAAAUGUAACCUCUGUAUUUAAAGGACUGUUUUCUUACUCCAGUUGGACUCUUUUUAGAAUAUGCCUGUUUUUGAAUCUUUCUUUUGUACCGUCUGGACUUAUCUCUCCAAAUAAAGAGGAUUUCUCAGUU